AUGUUUUCCACCGUCAAUGCGCCUCAACUCUCGAGCCUUCCAAAGAGCACCGGGGCCUUCGUAGAGCCCAGUUCCGAAGCGAAUACCUCUCCAACAGAGAAGAAGAUCGACUUUGGUUUCGAUCGUGACGCUGGUAACACACCUACUCGUGACACCACACAAAACAGCAGUGUCAUGUCGACGAGUCCAAACAAGGGUCACGAACCAAACGACGACGACAAUCAACACUAUCCCGACCAAACCUUCCACAGCAGCGAAAUCGUCCGGGGCGACGAGGAGGGAACCAUUCCGGACGAGAUCCAAAAAGCCGCCGCUCAAUUAGAACAGGCAUUGGAGGAAACCGGUACACACACCAAGCGCCUCUUGCACGAAAUUUCCGUGUUUUGGCAGGAGUCCCAGGCCAUCCAAGAAGUAUGGACAACCGUGCAGCAAGCGGAGCACGAGGAAGCCGCUCGGUUGGACCAAAUCGAGCCGGAUGUACAGGGCAUGACGCGUACCGGCAUCAACAUGAUUGGAAGUACAACCUAA